CUAGACAACACCACAGUAAGCUAACUGUGAUAGCCUGGACCACAACAUGCCCUGCUGCCACUGCCCACCUUGAUGAGCCGAGCACCGAAUGAGAUCCCGAUCGUUCAGACCCAGCAGCAGACAGACGCACGCACCGAUCUGCAGAACGGACGCGCAGGGGAUUAUAAUAACAACAACACACAUCAACCAUGUCCACGGGGAUGAUGGCGUUUCAAUGAGCGCGGGGGAGAGGAGGGGGGAGAGGAGGAGAGACGUGCACCGUCAUCAGCAUCUGUCCGCCAGCUCCCUUUGUGUUCACCGGAGAAUGUGAAUGGCGAAAGAUGACAUGGCAGAGGUAGAUUUGGCAUCAAACGGAGCGGAACCCCCCGGCGAGGCCUCCACGGUGUUCCCCUACGAGGAGUACGAAUGCAAAAUCUGCUACAAUUAUUUCGACCUUGACCGCCGGGCUCCUAAGAUCCUCGAGUGCCUGCACACGUUUUGUGAGGAGUGCCUGAACACGCUGCACCUCCGGGAGGAGCGGCCAUGGCGCAUCAGCUGCCCCAUCUGCCGUCAUAGGACUCCAGUGCCGGAUUAUCGAAUACAAAACCUGCCUAACAACACCAAGGUGACGGAGGAUUUCCCCCUCUAUAUCGACUCGGACCCCCUGCCUCAGGACGCUUUACCUCCGUACCCUCCCCCGCUGCACCCAGCUCUCGUCGCCCUCCGCCGGGAGGAGGCGUCGGGGACGUCCAGCGCCAGCCAGGCGACCCCGUCCACCACAGUGUCCACGGCCACGACCCUCUCCCAGGACUCGGUGCGCUACGACAGCUGUCAGAGCUGCAAGAGAGUUGCUCUGACCACCGGCUGCGUGUGCGUGAUCUUCUCCUUCCUGUCCAUGCUGGUUCUGCUGUUCAUGGGCCUGAUCUUUGUGCACAGUCACAGCAUCCCCCCCUCGCCGGCGGGACCCAUUUGCUUAUCGGUAGCCAGCAUCCUGGCCAUGUUCUCGGUGGUCGUCACAUGGCUCAUCUGCUGGCUCAAAUAUAGACCGGACCAUGAGACAGGCCGCUCCUCCGCCACCAGUAACUCCCGGAGAAACGCCUGACAGGCUGCUGGCUGUAGUGAUGGAGAUGUUGUGCUAUGGCUGUGUGAUCAUGUAAAUAAUGACACCUGAGACUCCUGCUCCCUUUACUUUUUCUAGGAACAAAUCUCGUCCAAAAUGGCCUUUUAUCAGUAUAGCAAACACCCAAAGGCCUUCAUGUUGUUUGGAGCAAUAGGCCGACAUGAUCCUUGGUAUUCUUAUCCUUAACUUAUGCACUUGAAUGCACAGCAGGCUCAGCUGACUGUCGGGGGGCUGUCUUGAUGGGUGAGCUGGUCUAAGACUUGGACGGUGUUGAUCUGAGCUGAGGUUUGUGUGAUGACUGAAUGUGAAGUGCUUAUUUCUGGGGUUCAAUUCCCACUCCACACUACCCUGAUAAAUAAUAUGCAUAUCCCACAAUGCCACUCACUGUAUGAUAACGGUCCAUGAUGAGUCACUCUUAUAUCUCAACAAAGCACUGUUGUAUUGUACAGAUAGUACUAUUUGGCAAUGUUCACCACUGAGUUUUCAGGUGAUGGCUUUUGGUUUUCAAGGAGGCGUUUUUGUUUGUAUGAGAAGCCUCUGAAGUGUAAUUCUGUUACAAAGAAGUCACACCCACAAUCCAAACUGUAAAUAAUCCACAGGGAAGCUGAAUGGUUCUGGAUAGGUGAGAUCUAACCCUUGUGCUUUAACUUAUCCUCCAGAAUGGCACCGUUUCCUCUUUCAUAACAAAAGUUGCACCUUUUUCAGGUUUUUCGAAGCGAUUUAAGGAGAUAGCUUUUGCUUUUGACCCUGUGUGUGCUUUGUUUGUGCAUGUGAGGCUACUGUAAGGUCAAGGCUUUGUGUUUUUACCUUUUUUUAACAAAAGGGACAUAGUGUUUCCUGAGCCGUGUGCCUCACUUUGUUGUUGAAUGAAGCAAAACUUCACUGUAAUCAAAAGCAAAUCCAUGCACGGGCCUCCUGCAGACACCCAGACGGCAUCCAGCUGGAGUGUCGGCAGGGAUUUCCUCUCUCUGUCACAUCAUUCACACACCGGAAGUCGAAAACAGGGUUUUCCAUCAGCUGGAGCUGCCUCCCCUCCCACUUUGCACCUUUUUGUUAUUUAUGUAAAAUGCUGGUCUUUAGAUCAGGCUUAGAAAACAAGUCAGUAGAGAUAACCGUGAGGACAAGUGUGUUAACAGGACUGAUCCAGGCUCAAGUCCAACAUCAGCUGCUGCCAUGAAGUUCAUUCCUCUUCCUCCUUCAGAUUCACAUUACAGAAUCUAAAGUGUCUGUUUCAUCUUAUCAGAGGAUAUAUUUGGUGUCCUUUUGACUCCUCAGAGAUUGGCAGGAGUCAUAAUUACCUCUGGUAAUGUGCACAGUUGCCUGAGCUGAGUGGCUGGAAAUACCAGGAGGCAUAUAACACGAUUUGAAAACUGCAAUGGGGCUGGGGAAGAUUGAAUUAAUCUCUGCACUAACAAAAUCCAAAUAUUAGAUUUCCCUAAACUUGAAACAUUAAAAUUCAGUUACUAUUCAGUAACUAUGGAAUUGUAUCUAAAAAUGUAUUGUAGGUCUGCAAAAAAGAGAAAAAAAGGAGAAAUUUUGUGAAUGAAGUCAGCCUCAAAUAACACAGCUUAACCAAAACAGCUUAUUUCUCAUCAUGACUAUAACUGCCAAUCUAAAGGUAAAUGCACUGUUGUUUAAUUGUUGCUACAAUCUAUACAACUAUUUAUUUAUAACUCCUGCAUAUUUCAAAGAAGUGAUUUGUGGUGUAAUCAAGACCCUCAUGAUAACAAACAGACCUUCAAGCAUGUGAAUUGCACUCUUAGCUCCCUGACCUUUCAGUCGGCAUUUCUUAGAGAUAUCAGAGAUAAAUUGGAAACCAAAGUGGUUUCUUGCCCUACACACUUACAGUGUUCCUCCCUGACUGCACCAGGAAAAAGCAAAGAAAAAAAAAACAUUUCAACCCUCCCUACUUGAAUCCCAUGCUUGCUUCAAUCAUCCCGCUCAACCUUUUCCCCAGCCGUCAGGUGAUGCACUUUCACCCUCUUAUUUGACACAAGUAACUGGGUCUACCUUUGACUUAUGUGAGCAUACUGUAUUUAUUUCAGAGGACCUAGAAGAUGUUGUUGGUUUUUAUGAGAAUCUGUGGUUGUUGUUGAAGUACCAAACGUAUUUGCACAGAGAAAUGUUCUUUAUGUGCUGUUUUACAUACAUAAACACAUUUCAGUAAUAAAGGAAACAUG